AAAAAGGUCGUUGCAGUUCGUGUGUGUACAGCUAUGUCUAGUCAGAUUCCGCCACUGGUAUGUCAUACGCCUCCACCAAUAGAUUUUGACGCGGAUGACGACGACGAUGAUUACGGAUCGGAUAUACCAGAGGACGACGAAAUUGGUAUCGACGAACGGAAUGGGACCGACUGCCCUCCGGACGAUGAGUUUGGCGAUUUUGCAACAGUACUGCCCGGACCCGCGAUUCUGGAUCCGCUUUCUACCGAGGCUGUGAUAGACAAUGAUGAAACGGUGGACCGUACCAGUAUUUCGGUGGCAACAACAGAAACCAAAGGCCUCAUCAUACCACCACGGCUAGGAACGGACAGUCCACCGUCCUUGAUAUUGCCACCGAACGAUUAUAGUGAAGCGAGUGUCGAUGAAACAGCUGGUGGCAACGGGCUAGACGAUGAAGAAGACGAUAUCGAUUUUCAACCAUUCGGAUGUCCGUCGCAACCGCCCGACCCACCACCGGAAGACAGUAUCAGUCUACCGUCGCUACAUUUCGAUGCGGAUGUCUCAAAGUCGGAAGAAGACGAUCACGUACCUGCCCAGCCCAAUGCCACCAGCUCCACAUCAUCGGGAUCCGCUAUCGAGACGGAAGUUGAUUUACCGGUGGCAGCAGCUGCCGAGCGCACGACACCCGUAAUACAAGAGUGUGGUCGAUUCGACGAUAAUACGGAGAAUGAUUUUACCGACUUUACCACCGCCUCGAAUGAACGGUCGUCGGUGGUGUUGGAAAUUCCAACUGCGAAUGACGUUUCCUUCGAACUGGAUGAUUUUGCUCAGCUAGAAUCGACACCAUCCGCCGACAGUAACUUUGUGUCGCAGCAGAGCCGUGCCGAUUUUGCCACGUUCGAUGCGGAUUUUAGUAAAUUUGACUCAUUCCAAGCAUCGUUCCCGGCAACGAUGGACGAUACGGUACCGGUAAAGACGCCCGUAGAGGAAACCAAAUCGAUGCCAAUCAUUGAACAGACGGCAUCGGUUAAAAAGCUGCCCGAUCCACAACCACCGGAGGAUGAUUUUGAUGAUUUCCAAGAGUUUGCUACCUUUUCCGAGCAACAACCGGUGGCAACUGUUUCAACGUAUUUUACCGACAAAUCGAACCUUAAGAAUGAUCUGGAAAGCAACGUUGAAUCUUCUACUUUAACUGUUGAAAAUUUUAAACGGGACGUUGAAACUCCACCGGCUGUUAACGAGAAUACCUCGGACGUUAUUGAGGAUGAUGAUGAUGAUUUUGGUGAAUUUAGUGAUUUCAAGCAAACGGAAACAGUCUCCAAUACGCCAGCGGUGACAGCAGCAUCACUAGAAAUUUACACCUUUUCCAUGGAAAACGUGCAAAAGCUGCUUGAGACAAUGUUUCCAAGCGUCGUACCGGAAUCACUUACCGCGGCUGAUACCGGUCAGCAAACGGUUCCAACAGCCAACAACAUUCCCAACAGCAAGCUCCAUUCCCAACUGCAGGAUUUUGACAACACGAACGCACUCUCCUAUCAGCACAGCAAGUCGUCCAGCAGCAAAACGCUCGUCACGGCCCUCGGUAUCGAUUCGCGGAAUAUUAUGUAUGGCCCAAAAUGGAACAGUUCUAUGCCAAGGUUUGCGGCAAAUCUCAGUUUCAAUCCACUGGAACCACUGAAACCGGUCUCAGCGUCAACGACAAAAGAGCCGGGAUCAACCAAUGCCAACGAAAAGAAUGCCAACAUAGCACCAGCCGCGAAAGCCACCGGCAGCAGCACACUUUCCCAGGGUGUACUAGAUCCUUUGCAGGCGAAUUUGGGUCCGCCAAACACAUCCGUACCGGCGGCACAGUUUGACUGGAACAGUGCGGGUUUGGUGAAUCCGCUUGAAGCAUCACAUGCACACACAUUAUUAUUGGACCUAGAACAGCUAGAGGUGAUGGCAAGUCUGAAAGAUAAAAUAAAUGUUGAUUCCUCCUCCUACUCCCCUGCACUCCGGUCCAACACGCGUAAUGUUGCUAAUACUGUGCAACUUCAUACGGCUGCUUCAACAACGGCCACAACAACAACACCUUUACUGUUACCACCAUCACCUUCACCAACAACUUUACCACAACUACUACCAAUACCAACACCACAACCACCUACAAAACUGUCGUCUUCAAUGCUUCCGUUGCCACCUACAAUGAAUACGCAAACGUGCAACAACAACAAUUCACAACAACCACAAACGAAAAACAACCGCAUCAAACCGUUGGACACGCUCGGUAUGGACGGUGGUAACAAUACCGCCCCGUUGAUGGAUUGUUUCACUACGGCGACAUUGGUUGUCUUUGCCGAUUAUUCUCACACUGAUGAUGAUGAUGAUGAUGAUGAUCUGUUGAUAUCCACCGACCGAAUAAUAUCGACGACAACAUCGAACAACAACACUGCAACAACGCGGUCGGCGGAUGAAUUGGUUUCGAUCGAUACCAUACCACCAUGCACAUUUGCGGUUGAUUCGCAACCGAUCGUUCCUUCUGAUCGUCCGCAAACGUUUGACGAUUAUUUGGAUCUUAGUGUCCAGGAAAUGCUCCAAAAAGCCGUCACUGGUCAGCCCGAGGAUGGGACAAAGGGCGAAAUUUUGGAUCCGCAAGUCGCAGAAAACGCAAGCCCGAUUGCUGCAGAUGACAUAGCAGUAAAGCUGUCCUCGUUUGUCUCGGCCACUGUAUCCUCAUCACAGCCGGACGAGUACGAGGACAUUGGUACGCUUGAUUUUACUGCCAGCAGCAGUUCCAAUGCUCAAUAUUCCGUGGCACUAUCACCGGUGCUUCACGAGCAGCAGCAGCAGACGGAGGAACAAUUAGGAUCAGCACCACCGCCACAUCAGUACGUUUCAACCCAUCAGCAGCAGCAGCAACCUAUGUCAAUUCCCACAUCCUCCGCUAGCAGUGUACCUGUGGUUCGUACUAUUAAACUACCGGAAACACAUAUUUUUACCCCCAGCCGGGGCGUAACGCCAAUCUCGCGCGAUAUUACCGACCGUGACAUUGUGGUGCGCGAGUAUCACGAUGUCGAGUACAGCUUGGAACGAUCGGCAACUGCUUCGACGAUCAGCAAAAAGGAAUCGGAUUUCGAUGAGUUUAACGACUUUCAAUCGGUAUCCAGUCAGCCUACGGUUGUGCUCGACCCAGCAGCGGCCAUAAUAAGUUCGAUUAAUUCCUCCAGACCGGUAAUAGGUCGAUCACCUACGGAAGAGCUAGAGAAGCGCAAACAAGAAUCGAACGGACAGUCGAAUAGUGGUAGCAUAAUGGCGGAAAGCAUCGAUAAUGAUGAUGAUGAUGAGUUUUCAGAUUUUCAAGCUGCCGUUCCGCCGCCGGUAAAUAAACCCAUCUCAAACAUCCAAAACAAUCGGUCAAACACCAGCUCGCCGGUAAUGUUGCUCAGUCCGGCGAUAUUGUUGCCCCAGCAAGCCAACACGACGAUGGAGAAAGAAUCGGCAAACGUACGCCAAAAUGCACCGCCGGGUGGUUCAAUUAAUUGGCCCGAUCCAGGAAUCGAUCCCGAUGAGCUGGCACGGUUUGAGGCGGCAUUUGCUAAACCUUCCGUUCCUGCUGCAUCAGUCGCUGGAGCAUCGACCGUAGCUAGCAACCAAACCAUGCCAAGUGCUCAGAAGAGCAAUCCAACAAUCGAGGAAGACGAGUGGACUGAUUUCAUAUCAUCCAAACCGGCCACUGAAAGGACUAUCCAGUCGUCCACUUCCAGCUUACCUAGUGUGGCAGGAACAGCAGCCACACGCCCUGGUAAUGAGAUGGCAGCACAGGAAGAAUGGACAGAUUUCAUCUCCAGUACCGCGGGAACGUCCGAUGGCGGCUACACAUCACACAAUCGUCUGUCGUCUAGUCAGAAUAACUUCAACUAUCCACGUGCUCCACCAACUGCAACUGGUGGUGCGAAAGUGUCCAACGCGUCCUGGUCCAACCAGCCACAGCUACCCCCGCCACAGUUUAGCUCCUGGAAUAGUAACAGUCUGUACUACAAUCCGAUGUCCUCGUUGCCUUUAACGAACCAGCAGCAGCAUCCAGCUCAGUACGUACCGCAUCAGCAACAGUUCUAUAACCGCGCGGAAAUGCCCGGUAUGGUCUUUUCCGGCGGUGCCGGUUACAGUGGUUCACCGAAAGUGCCAACGCAACAUCCAAUGCCGGGCGGUAUGCCGACGAUGGGACAGCAGCCACCGAUGCAGCUACUGCCCGAACUAUCCUUCAUAACGCCCAACACGGCUGGACAUGGCGCUGGCACACCCGGCACCAAAUCGACCACACAUUCCUUCCUAAGCAACGUGAUAUCGAGCAACAGUUUUACGAAGAAAUGAUUGUUACUUAACCACGGUUA